CAGGCAGAGCGGCGGGCCUUUUACCAGCACUGCACGGACGACGAGCGCGAGAGUCUUCUCCUCCACCGAUAAACCCUAAACCCUCGCCGGCGAACAUCAGAAACUCCAAAUCCCUCUCCGUCGCUUCUUCUCCUCCUCCUUCUAGCCGCCGCGCCGAGUCGCCGACUGCCCUGCUCGUCAGAUCGAUGGGUGCCCCGGCUCUUAAUAAGAAGAAGAAGGGUGCGAGGGCGGCGAAGCCCCCACCUAAAAAGAAGCUGAAGAAUGAUUUGUUUGCUGAGAAGCGGUCGAAGAAAGAUGACAUCCUCGAAGAAUCGGACGAUCAGAGCGAAGACAUCGAAGAGCACCAGGAAUCUGAAGUGGAAUCUGAAGUGGAGGAAGACGGAACUGGCGAUUCUGGUUCUGAAGUAUCCUCUGAUGGAGAUGAUCCGCUGGCUGAUGAUUUUCUCCAAGGAAGUGGAGAUGAAGAUAAAGCUUCCAGUUUGGAUGAGGAUUCAGAUUCUGGUUCAGAUUCUGAUUCUGAUGAGUCGGAUAUUGAGCAGAAGUCUAGAGCUAUCGAUGAAGAAAGGGCUAGGAUAGAGGAAGAAGCAGGAGCCGAAAUGCAGCUUAACAUCAAAGAGGAAUCUGAUGAGUUCAGAUUGCCAACUAAGGAGGAACUUGAGGAAGAGGCUCUUAGGCCACCCGAUCUUCCAAAUAUGCAGAGGAGGAUAAGAGAAAUUGUUCGAGUGUUGUCAAAUCUUAAGGUGCUGAAGCAAGAGGGAACAACGAGGAAGGACUAUGUUGAGCAACUUAAAAAGGAUCUAGCUUCCUAUUAUGGUUACAAUGACUUCCUUAUUGGGGCUUUGAUGGAGAUGUUCCCGCCAGUUGAGCUUAUGGAACUUAUUGAAGCAUUUGAGAAACCUCGACCUAUAUGUCUACGUACAAAUACUUUAAAGACAAGGAGACGGGAUCUGGCUGAUGUUUUAAUUAACAGAGGAGUAAACUUGGAUCCAUUAAGCAAGUGGUCGAAGGUUGGUUUAGUUGUUUAUGAUUCACAAGUGCCUAUCGGUGCAACUCCUGAAUAUAUGGCAGGAUUCUACAUGCUGCAAAGUGCAAGUUCGUUUUUGCCUGUGAUGGCACUUGCUCCACAAGAAAAAGAACGAGUUGUUGACAUGGCAGCUGCACCUGGAGGUAAAACAACAUAUAUUGCAGCUCUAAUGAAAAAUAGUGGUGUGAUUUUUGCAAAUGAGAUGAAGGCGCCAAGGCUGAAGUCUCUCACUGCUAAUUUGCAUCGGAUGGGUGUGACGAAUACAAUAGUAUCCAAUUAUGAUGGGAAGGAGCUACCUAAAAUUAUAGGUGUAAAUUCAGUUGAUAGAGUAUUGUUAGAUGCACCUUGCAGUGGGACUGGGGUUAUAUCGAAAGAUGAAUCUGUCAAAACCUCCAAAAGCCUUGAAGAUAUACAAAAGUGUGCAUUUCUGCAGAAGCAAUUGUUACUUGCGGCAAUUGACAUGGUGGAUGCCAAUUCAAAAUCUGGAGGUUAUAUAGUAUAUUCCACGUGCUCUAUCAUGAUUCCGGAGAAUGAAGCAGUAAUUGACUAUGCCUUGAAGAGAAGGGAUGUUAAACUUGUACCUUGUGGAUUGGACUUCGGGCGUCCUGGGUUUAUCCGGUUUAGGAGCAUCGAUUUCACCCUUCUCUUGAGAAGACAAGGCGUUUCUACCCUCAUGUUCAUAAUAUGGACGGAUUUUUUGUGGCAAAGCUGAAGAAAAUGAGCAAUUCAAAGCCAACUUCAGUACCUACUGAACCAUCAGAAACAGUGGAACAAGUUUCAGGGCCUGAGGAAGAUAGCAGCGAAAAGGAUACAGUUGAGGAACCUCAGAAUCAGACAGAAGCUGCUGAAAAUAAUGUUGUUGUGGAGAAUGGUGACGUGAAAAA